GUCCCCAUGAGCCGUCCGUUCAUCCUCCCCUUUCCAACCAACACGCCCCUUUCCUCUCUCUCUCUGUGUCUGCCUCUCUGAUAGCAAAUCACAUUUCAAGAAAACAAAAAACCAAUAAAGAUUACGUUUUUAUCGAACAAAAAAGCAUAAAAAAAUCUAGGGUUUCUCGAAAUUCCCUCAGGGUCCUCGGUGUUCUUCCCCCCGCGGAAUUGUCGAAUUUUCCCGGGGAGAAAAUAUCUUCCCCCCCGUCGCUGUCAGCAUCUCAGAAGAAGAAGCUGGCAUCACGUAUUUUCGUAAUUUGGGUGUUUAUUUAAGGAAGCUUUUGAUCUCAAAGGAGCUGGUUUUUGGCGGAGGUAAUCACGCGUAGAUCGUUUGUCAUUCUAGAAUCAAGAGGGUAGGAUUAAAUCAGCUAGAUUGUGAUCCGGAGGAGGAUUGGUUGAUCGAGGAAUUAUUCGAGGUUAAUUAAUGCUCUCCUUGUAUGGAGUCGGAAGCAUUGAUUGUUGCAAAAGAUUUGGUCCCAUGUUGUAGUUGUGGGUGUAGCUGCUGUUCGGACAGCUACAGCUCCCCGGGGACUUGGCUCCGAUCCGUGAAGCGGAAAUACGAUGAAUUUGAAAGUGGUGGUAGAUUUUUCAUACCUGGGUUGGAUUAUACGGAUGUUGUUAAGGUCCAAGUCGAGAAUGAGAUCAUCGCGCUUCGGGAGAUGGUUAGUAACCAACAACAGACUAUACAGGACCUCUGCGCUGAUCUCGAGGAGGAGAGAAAUGCCGCCUCUUCCGCUGCGAAUGAGGCCAUGUCGAUGAUCCUGAGACUGCAGAGGGAGAAGGCGGAAGUCCAAAUGGAGGCGAGGCAGUUCAAGCGUUUCGCGGAGGAGAAGAUGGGCCAUGAUCAGCAGGAACUUGCUGCAUUGGAGGACUUGCUGUACAAGAGGGAGCAGACAAUCCAGUCCUUCACCUGUGAGGUGCAGGCCUAUAAGCACCGGAUGAUGAGCUAUGGGCUCACGGAGGCAGAAGCUGAAGGUGAGAGGAGCCAGGGGCAUAGUCGUAACCCAAGCAUGGUCGAUAACUUUGAUGACCAGUUCGACUAUGAAUAUCCUCCUCUGAGAUGCAAAAUGAAUGAGAAUCCUGACCCUUUGGAGGUCGAGAGUGAUGCCGCUGAUGUUGAGAAGUAUGCCUUUGGUGAGACUCCUCGUGGACGAGAAUUGAAGAGCUUGGAGUACAGGAUCUGCCAAAUGGAGAGAAACCCCAGCAGCAAUCAGAUGAAUGGGGACUUUUCUGCCCCAAAAAACAUCCUGGAGAAGGUUGUAGUUGGUCAAUCUCCGCACCAUGGGAGGCAUUCCAGGAAGUUUUCUGUCGAUAGUUCGAAUUCCUUCCUAGGCAUGGGUGGAGAUGCAGGCUCAGAGUUGGUGAAGGAUUCCCCAAGGGCGAACAUUAGCAUAAAAAAGAUGGAUUAUGUCUCUCAUACUGACAACUACACUAAACCGGGGGUUUUGAGCAAUGAGUCGGAACUCGGAGAUGAUGGGGUUGAUAGAGUUUGCACCAUUGAUUCUGUCCACAAUGGAGCACCGGGAGUUGGGGCUAGUGAGGAUUAUAUCAAAACUCCGGGAGGAUCACUGAAUCAAGUUGAUUGUGGAGAUCCAGAUAUUCAGAAGCUCUACAUGAGGCUUCAGGCUCUCGAGGCAGAUAGAGAGUCAAUGAGGCAGGCAAUUGUGUCAAUGCGGACUGAUAAGGCCCAAUUGAUACUACUGAAGGAAAUAGCCCAACGUUUAUGUACUGACAUUUCAUCCGAGAGACGCGUGCCUGCAAAAAAGCCUUCACUGGUUGGAGCAUUUUCCUUCAUGUCGGUUUUUAAGUGGAUCAUGUCCUUCAUCUUUUGGCGGAAUAAAGCUCGUAGAAGCAAGUAUCUAUUUGGGUUAUCACCGGACAAUGUGGGUCUGCUGAUGUUUCUGGACAAGAGACCCCUCACAAGGCCAUGGAGAUGUGUUACCAGCUCGCAACUCUGGAAGUAGUUCCCGCGACGGGUGGGAUUUGAUCAUGUGCGUGUCUCAGUUGCCGGAUUCUAUCUAUGCUGGUGCAUAAUCCAUUGGGUGUUUUAUGCAGCGGUCUAUAUAGGUUUGGGAUUUGGAUUAUACAAUUUGUUGCUUGAUGAUGAGUGAAACACGAGUGCUGGCAAGUGCUGCGCUUGCUCGAAUAGUUUGGGCUUUUCGUUUCCGAGGUAACCAGUCUUUCUGACUGCCCGGCCUCUCAUCUGUGUAUAAUUUGUAUUAUUCUUUUGUAUGAUAAUCCCACUCGAAAUUGUGCAGUCCCGAUUCUUUUCCUCAA